AUGUGUCGUGAGCUGCCGCCUCCCCUGGGUGGCCCCCCCCCCUGCUGCCAGGUGUGCCCUUACGGACUGUACGCGGAGCAGCUGUCUGGCUGCGCCUUCACUGUCCCCCGCAAGGCGCAGCAGCGCAGCUGGCUGUACCGCAUCCGUCCCUCCGUGACGCACGAGCCCUUCCACCCGCUGAACUUCCCGGCGGAGACGCUGACCGCCGACUUUGCCCAGGGCGUGGUGACGCCCAACCAGCUGAGGUGGCGGCCGUUCGCCAUCCCCAACGAGCCGGUGGACUUUGUGCGCGGCCUGUUCACCGUCUGUGGCGCCGGCAGCGCGGGGGCCAAGAAUGGGUUUGCGGUCCACGUGUACACCGCCACGGCCAGCAUGGAGGACUCGUGCCUGGCCAAUGCUGACGGGGACAUGCUGAUCGUGCCGCAGCAGGGCGGGCUGCGGCUGCUGACGGAGUUUGGUGUGCUGGAGGUGGCGCCGCGGGAGGUGGUGGUGGUGCAGCGCGGCAUCCGGUUCUCAGUGGAGCUACUGGACGGCCCCGCCAGGGGCUAUGUGUUGGAGAUCUUCCAGGGCCACUUCACUCUGCCAGACCUGGGGCCCAUUGGCGCCAACGGCCUGGCGAGCCCGCGCGACUUCAUGACGCCGGUGGCCUGGUUCGAGGAGCGCGAGUGCCACUUCACGGUGAUGCACAAGUUUGAGGGCCAGCUCUUCUCCGCCGCACAGACGUUCUCCCCGUUCAACGUGGUGGCGUGGCACGGCAACUACGCGCCCUACAAGUACGACCUCACGCGCUUCUGCCCCGUCAACGCGGUCAGCUUUGACCACCCAGAUCCCUGCAUCUUCACAGUCCUCACGGCGCAGUCCGACACGCCAGGGGUGGCCGUGGCGGACUUUGUGAUCUUCCCGCCGCGCUGGACUGUGGCGCAGCACACCUUUCGGCCGCCCUACUACCACCGCAACACCAUGAACGAGUUCAUGGGCCUCAUCACUGGCAUGUACGAGGCCAAGCGGGACGGCUUCCUGCCAGGCGGGGCAAGCCUGCACCUGUGCAUGACGCCCCACGGCCCCGACACCACAACCUACGAGGCCGCCGUGUCGUCUGAGGCGGAGCAGCCAGCCCACCUGGGGCGCGACACGCUGGCCUUCAUGUUUGAGACGUCCAUGACGCCGCGCGUCACGCCCGCCGCGCUGGGCGCCACAAACAUUGACCGGGAUUACUACAAGUGCUGGGUCGGCCUCAAGUCGCACUUUGACCGCAACUGGCGGCCGGAGGGCCAGGGGGACAACGCCGAUGCGCCGCUGCAAAAUGGGGAGGGCGUGGCGCCCGCAUCGGCGCCGCCGGCGGGCGCUGCCAACGGCGUCGCUGCUCGGUGA